GAAAGGAAAGCGUGCUUUGAGGAAGUUCACUUGUAAAAUUACAAGCAAAUGCAUACAGUGGACAUACACACGUUCGAUUGCUGUCUAUCAUGCUAGACAGUGUUUCAUUUGUUUAAAUACACUUGAUAAAAAUGUAUUGUAUAUCACAGGGCACAUGUCAAAUACUUCGUUAUCUGAUAUAAGUUUGAGUUCAACAGUAUAUGUCUGUUCAUCUUCGGAGAAAGGAAAAAUAUAACGUUCCAAGAGAGAAAACAUAUUCAUGAUAUUUGCGAAAAUAAUUAUUGCCAUUCACAUGUGGGCGAGUUGGAAACUUCUGCCAACACAUCCAGAUCUGAAGCAGUGAUACCUUGAAGGAGAGGGAAAGUCUAAAGCUUCAUUUGCCUCUAUGAGUUAUGUCAUAGAGAAUUUGAAACAAUGCAUCUUAAACUGGUUUGUCACUACAUCCUCCUACUCAUCUUCAUUUCGGCUCAAUCAUCAUCGGCAGUGGAAACAUAUGAUGACCUCUAUGUCGGAUGCUACAUCGAUGUCGCUAAUUUUAGGGUCCUACCUGAUGCCUCAUCGUGGUCAAGUGAGAUGACAAUUGAGCUGUGCAUUGAUUAUUGCACAGUAUUGGGUGGCCGUGACUCUGCUUACGCUGGAGUAGAGUUUGCGAAUGAAUGCUACUGUGGGGUUGCUGGUACGAACUACGGUCGAUAUGGAGUGGCAGAACACAAUGAAUGUAAUUGGCGCUGUGGGGGAGAUGACUCUACUUACUGUGGGGGCGUAGGCAGAAUCUCUAUCUAUAACCUAUUACUGAUUAGACCUCAAACAACAAAUGAAACAUCGUCAAGUUCAGUGAUACCAACUUCACCCGACGCAUCGACAGCAUUUGACAAUCGAACAGAAGAAAGCGAUGAGAGCACAACCCCGCUAACAACACGUUCUACAAAAUCAGAUCUCUCAACCUCUAUUGCCGUACAGUCUACUUCGAUGUCGAGUGUUCAGCCAGUUUCAGGCGACAAAAACGGCAUUGUAUUAUAUGCAGGUGCUGGUGGAGGAGGCGCAUUUCUUCUGAUACUUAUCAUCAUAAUAAUUGUUGUCGUCACAUGUAGACGCAGAAAUCCAGAGAAGCGAACACAUGCUACUGAACAUCCAUUAACAACGAUGAUUCCUACUAAGGACGGCAAUAAAGAACGUAGUAGACCUACCAAAGAGGAAGAGGAUCCUUGUUAUGAGAACAAGAGUGCAGAGACGGAACGCGACUAUGAGAACAUGACCGUGGACAAUAACGAACUAACAUACAUGAACUCGGAGAAGAGAUCUACCAUGAAAGAAGCAACACACGACCCUGCAGCUCUCUAUGCAAUGCCUGACAUGUCAGCUAAAACCUCAUCUCGACCUAAGACGACCACCUCGCCAGCAAAUGACACAGACGAUCCGUCAUUGAUGUACGCUAUGCCAGACAGAAGAGCCAAGACUGUGUACUCGAGCAACAGUAAAGCAGCGCUGGGGGAGGACAACCUCCACGCGCUGUAUGCCACUUCCACGAAAAACCGCUUAGAGCCGAUCGGUAUGGAGGCAUCGACAGAUGGUGAGGGCUUGUACGCGCUUCCAAACAAAACCCCACGUGACCACGUGACACAAAAUGGCGCCGGAAAGCGUGAUGAUGUAGAAGCCAUGUACGCCAUGCCAGAUAAAUCACGACGGGGCAAUGAUGUUGAUAACGCUGUAAUGAUAGAAAAUGAUAUCUACAGCUCUACAUAGAAUGUCAUAGGGAAAUAGAGAGGGGUAAUGGUUUUGCUGUUUUUGUUCUACUUUUGUUGAAUUAAAAAAAGGUUUGUCCGAUCUCCCCAUAUCCAUUUAAAUGCAAACACACUCUAGGUUGCUUUUUGGUUAAUAAAGAUAAAUGAAUAUGAGUUUA